AUGGAGAGGAGCAUGCCAGAAGCGGUCAAGGAGGCGGUUCCAUCAGAUCAGUUUAACCCGGUGCACGGCAUCGAACUAAACUGCGAUGUUGAAGUCGGUGAGACGACGAAAGUACAAGCUGCCGAGGCCGUCCCGAAGAGAUGCGAUUUGUGCUGCCGCACUCGCCGACGGAAAGGAUUCUGCAUGCUAGCUGGGGCGUGCAGCUGCUUCAUGCUCGCUAUCAUGGUCUGUGCCGGCUUGUUUUGGCCCCGUGAUCCCAGCUGGGAGCUGACGAAGCUUGAGGUGACGACUCCAGAUGCCCUGAUGUACUUUGUCAUGGCCUUUGCGGCCGGGCCCAGCGCUUUCGAUGAAAACGCCACCUAUCCCGAUGUGAAGUUCUACGCUGAGGCAGAAGUGUUUAAUCCCAAUCUCCUUGGCGGUGAAGCAGACACAGGCGCAGUGAAGGUCCUGUACCACGGGCAAGAGCUGGGACUUGCUAUCAGCCACCCGUCAUCGGUGAAGCCCCAAUCCAAUGUCACAGUUGGGGCGGAUGUCACGAUCAAGCUGGAUGCGGCAAUGUUUCAGGCCUUGUCCACAGACGUCAUCUCGCACGAGCUCAAGCUGACAAUCCAGCUGGAGGGUGCAGCCGACGUGACCGGACCCUUAGGCAUCCGCAUCAAGUGCCGGCUUGAGUGUGAUGUCUUCUGCUCAGUGGGCGAGCUUUUCAAUCCCGAGUCGAGGCAUGCAGUUGUGGAAGGCCAGUCAUGCAGGUAUCGUUACCUCUGA